AACUCCUCUCCAUCCUCUUUACUCUUCAUCUCCCAUUAGCAUUCGUAACACUUCAGGUUUAUGUUACCUCAGCGUUAGAGAGGUUUCAAGAGGUAGAAGAAAGAAAUAGAAAGAUGAGACUGGUCGUCGUCUCCGUUGUCCUCCUCUCCCUCCUCGGCCUCUCGCUCGCUGAAGACCCCUACCUCUUUUUCGACUGGAAUGUCACCUACGGCACGAUCAGCCCCCUCGGGGGCCCCGAGAGGGGGAUUUUGAUCAACGGCCAGUUCCCGGGUCCGGAGAUCAACUGUACUAGCAACAACAACAUCGUCGUCAACAUCUUCAAUUUCCUCGACGAGCCCUUACUCUUCACCUGGAACGGUAUCCAACAAAGGAAGAACUCAUGGAUGGACGGAAUGCCGGGAACAAACUGCCCGAUUCUCCCGGGCACAAACUACACUUUCCACUUCCAAGUGAAAGACCAGAUCGGCAGCUACUUUCCUAUUUCGCCCUCCUAUCGAGGCGUCGCACGGAUCCCCCCCCCCCAAGAGGCGAUCCCGACGCGAGCCGCGACCGGCUGGGCGUGGUCGUUCAACCAAUGGCGGUCGUUCCGUUGGAACCUGACGGCGAGCGCCGCUCGGCCUAACCCGCAAGGGUCGUACCAUUACGGGUCGAUCAACAUAACGAGGACGAUCGUGCUGGACAGCUCGACGGGGAUGGUCGACGGGAAGCGGAAGUAUGCGCUCAACGGGGUUUCGCACGUCGACGCCGAAGUGCCGUUGAAGUUGGCGGAGUACUACAACGCCAGUGAGAGGGUGUUUCAGUACGAUUUGAUCGGGGAUUUGCCGCCACAGAAGGAGAGUCGGGUUAUUAAGGUGGCGCCAAAUGUGGUUAGGAUCGAGUUCAGGACUUUUGUGGAGAUCAUUUUGCAGAAUUCGGAGAGGUCACUUCAGUCCUAUCAUUUAGACGGAUACUCCUUUUUCCCUGUUGGAAUGGGACCGGGCAAGUGGAAGCCAGAAAGCAGGCAAGGAUACAAUCUCCUCGACGCUGUCAGCAGGCACACCAUCCAAGUGUACCCAAAAUCCUGGACGGCGAUCAUGCUGACCUUCGACAACGCCGGAAUGUGGAACCUGAGAUCCAACAUCCUGGAGAGAUCCGUGCAGGGACAGCAGCUCUACAUCAGCGUAGUGUCUCCGGAGAGAUCCCUGAGGGACGAGUACAGCAUGCGCAACGAGACUUUGCUCUGUGGAUUCAUCAAGGAUUUGCCGAUUCCUCCUCCAUACACCUAAAUGGUUCAGCAUAGCACGUCGCAGUGAUAAGAAAUCGAUUCUGGAUGAAUUGUUCUCGUUUCAUUUUUUUUUCCUGCUCUUAUUCUUUUUUUUUCUUUCUUUUGAUAAAUGUAUCAGUGUAAUCUGAGAAAUUUAAGCUUCCAUUAGGGCUGAUGAAUAAAUAGAUCGGGAUCCGCCUAUUUUCGUUACAAA